AUGGUUGAUACCGUUCAGGCUGUUGAAAGCAAUUUUAUUUUAAUGAAUUCUCAUUAUAGGGAGAAAGUUCCGAUAUGUCAGCAGAAAGGACUUUAUAAUCCUGUCGUCACAAGUGUUCUUCUAGAGUCCAAAGACAUUGCUAGGAAGGAUACUGUGCUUCCACUUGACGUCCAGAAAAAUAUCUGUGCGGAGUUGGGAGAUGGUUAUCACGGGUACGGCUGUUCCUCACACUUUGUUGCUUGUGUGGCAGGUGAACCUAGAGCGAUGAACUGUGCCGCGAAUUUGCGAUAUGAUGAAGCUUCAAAACUGUGUCUCGCCCCUAUUGCUGUGCAGGGUUGCGCUAGUCAUAUACCUGAAGCAGUUAUUACAUUUCAAGGAGAAACUGAGAGUCUUAGGGCAGCUAGAGUAAAAGCUUUGGAGGCAACUACUGUACUGCUUCCAAUGAUGGUUGUUGAAACCGUAACGGCUGCUGCUAUAGCGACUUCAACCACCCAGGUUCCGGUAAAGCUUGUUGAAACCGUUGUGACUGCUAGAACCGGCACUUCAACUUCUCCUCCAUUACCCUUGUUUACUAAAACUCCACUUGUAGUGGAAAGUGUGACUGAGAAACCUGAGAUUCUGCGGUUACCAGAACGUACUAAUGUGGCAGUUUACAUAUCUUGUCAGUCUUUCGAAGACGGUGUGUAUUCAUUAGGUUGCGUUCCGCAGUAUGUGAUUUGUGUGGGAGGAGUUGGAAAACUGCUCACUUGUCCUAAUUCGUCGUUGGUUUUUGAUGAGGAUACUUUAGAAUGUCAAGAGCCAGGAAAGGUAGCCGCGUGUAUUGCGGAAAAGUUGAGUGGCCUUUCUGAAUCUGUAGAACUAGCUGUUAAUAUGGAUACAACAACCAUUGCUGCUCCAAAAAUUUCUUUUUUGACUGAUACAUCUGUUGAGUCCUUUCCUCUGUUAAAAGAAGAAAUAACUGAUGAAUUUCCAAUUGAACAAUUAUUGAGUGAGUUCUGCAAAGGGAAGGAGGAUGGAUUCUAUGCCUUAGGCUGCAACAAAAAUUAUGUAGAUUGUGAUUCCGGUAUUGCGGCCUUACUUCGUUGUGAUAAUGAAAUAUUCGCAUUUGACGAGGUUUCUGAAGAGUGCCGUCCAUUGAGUAUGGUGGCGGCGUGUACGGAGGGUGAGGUACCGUCAGUGUCUGUUGACAAGGAUGAUAUCGCAAAUCAUGAAAAGUUACCUUUUCGGAGAAUGAAAACUGUAACAGCUAAGCCACCGGCAGCAGUUAUUUCAACCAGAAUUGUUAAACAACAUAACAUUUUUAAAAGUGCUGAAGUGCCUUUUCGAGAGAUAAAGCUUACUGUUUCAACCGAACCCCCUGUUAUUCUUAAA